CCUGCAUCUAUUUUUUUAAAAAUUUACUUUUUAUUUUGGGGUCUACCCACUCAUUAUUUUAAAUUUAGAAAUACAAGCUUCAUGGAUAAUUAUAGUUCUUGAGUGGUCACCUUUUCUUGUCUGCUGCAAGUCCACAUCAUAAACCUGCAUAAAAAAGUCCUCAAAUUAUUUGCUUGAUUUUCUGCUUAAUUUGGGGAUUAAAGGAAAUGCCAAAGAUUUAUUCAUCUCUUAAAUGUGAAAUUUUUUAGCUCUUCUUUCUUGAGAGAGAAAAUGUUCCCUGUUUUGAUCUCUGCAAGAAGAGAUUUUUGUGUCAAAUAUUUGGCUUCCAUGAGUUGAAAACGUAUUCCUUUUUCUUCUUACUUUUUUACCCAAAAACCUGCAAGAUUGCCAGCCUGCGGGGAUUUUCCUGAUUUUGUCCCUAGUUUGUUCCUAUGAAUUUCACACCUUUCCCUCACCAGACAUGGAUUACUUGUAAGAAAUUAUAAAAGAGAAAAAAAAAAUGAAGUGUUGAUGAAGGCAGGCAUUUUGAUGAGGGCUUUGUUAUGUAAAAUAAAGUGCCCAUUCAUCUGCUUCUGCAAACCCUCUGCAGCCCAUCAUCUUUACAGUCAACGCCCAUUGAAAUUGGAUAACAACCCACAUGUUGUUGUGCCCUCAACAACAGAACAGUUUGCUGUUCCUAAUGUCCUUGAAAAGUCAUCCUCUGAUGAGGGUUUGAAAGUGAAUGGCGAGCAACAAGUUGAGAAUACAGUGCUCAAGAGCUGUUUGAAGAAAUUCCCCAAUGAGCCUGAUGCCACCACAGAGGCUGUGAAGAGAAGUGUGAAAUGGAUUGAUUCAUCAGGACAAGAACUUGCUGAGAUAAAAGAGUUUGAGUCCAGUGAAACAGGGGAUACUGACACUGAAGAUGAAAGCAGUCGUUGUCUUUGUGUAAUCCUCUGAUGCAUAGAGACUUACCAUUAUCGUGCUCUCGAUUAUUCGUCUCAUUUGUAUCAAGAUUUGGCCAUUCAUAUUUGUCGAUUGCCAUUAUCAUGUGAUCAAAGUCCAACACCAACUGCAGCCAUAUCUUUGCUUAUAUUGAAGAUUACCAUCACUGAUUCUUUUACACUGAUUAUGUAUCACUAUACAUAUAUUUACAUAAAUACUUUUGAAAAUUAUUUAUUUCCUUUAGCCUGUUCCUCAUCCGUUGCAAGCUGCCUAUUCUGCUAGGCGAUUCAGUUGGUCCUGGUUUGAAGAACGCUAACCUAUGUUAUUUGUUUAUUUAUUUAUUUUUAUACGCCAAUUAUCUCAACUCUGUAUGACGUAUUCUUUAUUUUCCAUUUACUCAAAUUUUAUGUCAACUUUGAUGAUCAAACACUGCUGCUUUUACUAAAUGAAAGUUAAUAUAUUAAUUUUCAAAUACAAAUAAGACAAGUAAUGUUGGUUAAAAGAACUAUUGAUAUUGCAGAUACAAUUUUUAUUGUUUAUUAAUU